AUGGAAGUUCUUCUCGCUUUGAUGGUGUGUUUUGCGACACCUUCGCUUAUCCAAGGUAAAGUUUUCACUUCAAUAUUUUCUCUUUAUUCCAUUGAGAUUAUUAUUAUCUUUUUCUAAGGUAGAAAGAAACCAAGGCUAAAACAUAGAAAAUAAAAAGUUAAUACUUUUCUGGGUGAAUUUUUCACUUCAGCUUUUCCCUUUUUUUAUUUUCUCUAAUUAUCUUCGUUUUUUAACAAACCAGUGCUAAAACAUAGUCAUGAAAAUCAAAAAUUAAAAUUAAUUAACAUCUUUAAAAGUAUUUUAGAUAAAUCUCAAAGGAGUUGUUUUGUUCUUAAUGAGCUUCAACAUAAAUGCAAUAAAACGAUGCCGGAUACUUGAAUCGGAUUGUGGAUUCUAUAAGAAUGCGUGGGCGCACUUUAUUUUCUACCACCGCUUCAGACUGUCACAUGAAAAAAAAAUCCUGCAAGCGAUUGCGUGUAAACAAAUUUCCAUAGUUUGAUCUUUCAAUGAUUUAUCACUUGGAAAAUAUACGAUUUCUAUUCUUGUUUAACAGGGUGUGGCAGCAAACCUUUUGGAUCACGCAUUGUAGGGGGAGAAGAGGCACGUCCUAAUUCCUGGCCGUGGCAGUUAUCCCUUCGAGUAUAUGGAAGCCACAUAUGCGGCGCCUCCCUGCUGAAUCAGCACUGGGCUUUAACUGCCGCACAUUGUGUUGAUCGGAGCAGUGACCCCAAUCGGUACUCGCUUGUUCUGGGUAAGUCAAUGAGUUUGAAAUAAAAUCUUUCUUUCUAGUGCAUUUUAAUAAAUUCAUGCAGGCGUGGGUGAAAUUCAUAUGGUUUCAUUACAACUCUUGGACAUACAGACAUUCAUCCCUAACCCUUCCCCCUCCCCGUUUGUUAUUGUGGUAAAGGGUGCUGCUUACUUUACUACACCCCCCGCCCCUCUGCUCUGAUAGUGGGAUUGGCGCUGCUAGGGACUUAUGACCUGGAUAAAUAUUUUUUCGAACUCUCUACGACUCUCUCGAACGGUAUUGGCACCACAACAAGUGACCUCGUUGAGGGGUUACCAAUAUUGAUAGAAGAUCCUCAUUAACGAAAAAGACUUGAUCACAUUAAAUAUCACUUAUAUACGACACAGAGUAAACAUAAUAGUAGCGUAUCGAUACCCGUUAUGAGUUAAAAGGCGAGUCCCCUCCUAUACUGAAUCUCAGUUUAAUAAUUGACACAGGUGCUCAUGGAAGAAAAAGUGACGGUGAGGUGUACAAGGUGAGCCGUGUAAUCAAACAUCCUGAUUUCAGUAUGAGACAUCUGCGUCACGAUGUAGCUGUGUUACAACUGGCGCGACCAGCAAGUCUUAACAAUACAGUUGGAACCGUCUGUCUGCCUAGCCAUGGGUCACGCGUUGAACUAGGAACAACAUGCUACGUUACAGGUAAAUUAUAUAGCGGGAGAUUGACGCAUUUUUAGUUACAUGGUUAUACACAUUAUCGUAGUACAACUUUAAAAAGCUAAUAUUUCCGUUCAUGGUUUAUACUACAAUCUCAUGUAAUGCUUUUUACGAAACAUUCACGAUAAACGUUUUGCCUUAGUAACAACUAAAGCAUUUUUUAAAUGCGUCAUUUCUUAAACUGAACCUUAAACAAAUUUCUUAAAAUAGGAUAAACAUAAACUCAUGUUUCCUUGUAUUUACUGAGCCCCUUUUUUACUGUCCUCUUUUAUUUUUUGCAAAUAUAUUUUUUUCGACUUCCUCGAUAACAAAUUUACUAGGCGGCCGUAGUGAGGUAACCUCAGAGGAUAACAAGAACAACGGAAGCUGUCCUCCAUUACUAUCUGUUAUGGUUGUUAAAUCAUUAACUUAUGCCUUUUUCUUUGGCGCAUGCUUUUAGGAUGGGGACGAAUCAAUCCAAACAACAACGCCCUCUCUCCCUACCUUAAACAAGCUGAGGCUCCAUUGGCCAGUCACAUUCAGUGCCGUCGGACAAACGGAGGAUUCGUGGACGAAAGUUCCAUGGUUUGUGUAGGGGGACAGGGUAGUAGUGUGUGUAACGGUGACAGUGGAGGGCCCUUGUCGUGUAUGGAAGGUGGCAAGUGGGUAGUACGCGGUGCAGCUUCCUGGGUGACCAGCCGAACAUGUCCUGGAAGCACUUAUUCCGUGUAUGCUCGCGUCAGCUCAUACGUGAACUGGAUCAACAGCUACAUACAAGGUGAGUUAAAU